GAACCAUCUUUCUGCAAUAAACUGUAACCUUCUUCCCAAAGCAGUCACCAUGUUUGCUUAUUUAUUCCCAGCUUGGAUGAACCAGGAUGAAGACCUUACUUCUAACAAUUCUUAAUUGCCAAACCACAGGAUGUGUGCCAUGCUAGGCUCAAGUGUGAUUACAGAUAGUUAAUUUGUGAUUAUGCUUUUAAAAUUAAAAACAUAGAACACAGAAGCAUACGGCUGGAAGGGGCUUUGGAGGUCUUCAAUCCCUUGCUCUUCAAUAAAUUGCACAGUCGGAGUUUAUCGAAAUUGGUUUCUGCUACUAGUGAAGAUGCCUUUUGAAUGCAACUAUGUUUUGCUUCACACUGGACAAAGAAUGCCUUUGGUUGGAUUAGGUACUUGGAAGAGUGAUGCUGGACAAGUAAAGGAGGCUAUAAAGUAUGCCCUUAGCGUGAGCUAUCGCCACAUUGACUGUGCUACAGCUUAUAGCAACGAAGGAGAAAUAGGUGAAGCACUCCAGGAGUCUGUUGGGCCGGACAAGGCUGUCAAAAGGGAAGAACUGUUUGUUACGUCAAAGCUAUGGAAUACCAAACACCACCCAGAAGACGUGGAACCAGCUUUAAGGAAGACUCUGCAAGAUCUAAAGCUGGAUUACCUAGACCUCUACCUUAUGCACUGGCCACAUGCCUUCGAGCGAGGGAAUAAUCUCUUCCCCAAGAAUCCUGAUGGUACAAUGCGUUAUGAUUACAUUGACUACAAAGAUACAUGGAAGGCUAUGGAAAAAUUGGUGGAAAAAGACUUGGUAAAAGCUAUUGGACUUUCAAAUUUCAAUAGUCGGCAGAUUGACGAUGUUCUCAGCAUAGCUUCUGUCAAGCCAGCAGUUUUACAGGUGGAAUGUCAUCCUUACCUAGCCCAGAGAGAACUAAUAGCUCAUUGCCAUCAGCGGGGACUGGUGGUAACUGCUUAUAGUCCUCUUGGUUCAGCUGACCGGAUGUGGAAGCACCCAGAUGAGCCGGUAUUGCUGGAAGAACCUGGGAUAAAGAAGCUCGCAGAAAAAUACAACAAAUCUCCUGCUCAGGUUCUUCUCAGAUGGCAAGUUCAGCGGAAAGUAGUUGUUAUUCCCAAGAGUGUUACUCCUGCACGCAUACUCCAAAAUAUUCAGGUGUUUGACUUCAACCUUACCAUUGAAGAGAUGAGCUUUAUUGAAGGCCUGAAUAAAAACUGGCGAUAUAUUGUGCCAAUGGUUACGGUGGGGGACAAAAUGAUAGCAAGAGAUGCUGGACACCCCCUAUAUCCCUUCAAUGAUCCAUAUUAAUUCAUAGAGUUUGCCAAAAUGAGAGUGUAUUUCCGUUCAGGACUGCUAGUGCCAUCAAGAAAUUUAAAAAAAAAACUUAAAUAAUGUUUUAUAUCUGUAGGAUUGCAUUUAAUCCUGAAGAGUUAACAAUGGUUUGAGAGAAAUAACUGUUUAACAAUAUAAAUUGUACAACCUGAA